AAAGGAAAUUUUGUAUAAUUAGAAAAAAGAAAAAGGAGAAAAAGCGGCAGCUCCCCGUCUAUCUCUCUCCAGCGCUCUAACGACGACCAGUCACCUCUCCGCCGAUCAGUUUCCGCCGCCACGCCUGCCAACCCUCCAGCAAUGGUUUUGAAGAGUUCAUCUUUCAAUCUUGUUGCCCCAUCGCCUCCUCUUCUUUCUCCUCUUUUCUCCAAUCCCCCCUCCAGGAUAAAUACUACUGAGAAUAUAGCCAUUGAGGGGCGCAAUCUCAACUUCUCGAUCACGACAAAGCAGGGAAAAUCUGUGCCUAUUCUUAGGGAUUGCUCACUCCGGAUUCCUUCAGGAGAGUUUUGGAUGCUUCUUGGACCUAAUGGCUGUGGAAAAUCCACCCUCUUGAAGGUCUUGGCUGGUCUUUUGAAUACAACAUCUGGUGCAGUAUACGUCAAGAAGCCAAAGUGCUUUGUCUUCCAAAAUCCGGACUAUCAGGUAGUUAUGCCUACUGUGGAAGCUGAUGUUGCAUUUGGCCUCGGUAAGUUAAAUUUGAACAAUGAUGAAGUUAAAUCAAGAGUUUUGGAAGCUCUGAGUGCAGUUGGCAUGUCUAGCUACCUUCAGAGAUCUGUCCAAACGCUGAGUGGUGGUCAGAAGCAAAGAGUUGCCAUUGCUGGUGCUUUGGCUGAAGCAUGUAAAGUGCUUCUAUUAGAUGAACUGACCACAUUUCUUGACGAGAAUGAUCAGACGGGGGUGAUCAAAGCAGUUAGGAAUUCUUUACACAAUUCUGAAGAUGUUACAGCAUUAUGGGUGACCCAUCGCUUAGAAGAACUCGAGUAUGCAGAUGGAGCUAUCUACAUGGAAGACGGGAAAGUCGUCAUGCAUGGUGAUGUGGCAAGUAUCCAAAGUUUCAUCCAAACAAAACAAUCAGAUUAUAUCAAGCGUAUUUACCAUUCGUGACUGUCAUUUCUCUUUCAAAUGAUGUUUUUCUUGUCACAUUAUUAUAACACCGUAGUGUAUAAGUUUGUAUCAUCUUGGUUACAUAAUAAAAUCAUUUUGUUGUUUCAUUCUUUUGUUA